AUGUUCCUCGAGAAACGGGUUUUAAAAAAUAUCAGGGACGAUCAAAUUAUAAACGCCGAUGAACAUAUUAACCAAAAUCAGGACGACUACUGUAAAGAUGUAGAAGAAAUAGGUGCAAUGCCUGAGGAUAUUUUUUUAAAUAAUAUUAGAGGUCUAAACAUACAGCAGAAGGAUUUAUUUCAAAGAAUUUCUACGGCCAUUGAAAAAGAUUUACAUGGUGAUGAUGAAAAGUUGUUCCUUUUUAUAACUGGAGGAGCUGGCAGUGGCAAAUCAUUUGUUUUAAAAUUACUCGUGGAGCACAUUAAGAUGUGUUAUGCGCCUACAGUUUCGCUUCUAAAGCCUAAAUUUGUUGAGGUAGGUUCAUUGACUGGUGUCGCCGCCCGCCAGGUACUUGGGAAAACAUUGCAUUAUCUUUUUUCUCUUCCCAUCGAAAAAGGUAAUUCAACUGCAUAUAGACACUUAACUGGUGAAAAGCUAGAACAGGAAAGACGUAAACGGCGUAACACAAGUUGGUUAGUGAUUGACGAAGUAUCAAUGGUUUCUUACGAGAACUUACGAAUGAUUCAUAUGCGGUUACAGGAAUACAAAAACAAUGAUAAGUUGUUUGGUGGCAUAAAUAUUGUUCUCUUUGGAGACAUCAUGCAACUGCCUCCUGUAAAAAGACAUUGGUUCUUUGUCCAGCCAUCUUGGAAUGCUGCAGAAGUUAAUUUAUGGCACGCAUUUUCAUUCUGCGAAUUAACGAUCAAUAUGAGACAACGAAAUGAUAUAGAGUUUGUUGACCUGUUAAACAAUUUACGCGUAGGCGAAUUGACAACAAGUCAACUGGAAUUGCUCUGUCAGAGGCAAAUGGUGGAUUUAGAUGAAGAGUUUAAGGAUGGUGUUGUGGUUCGAAUAUUCCCGACCGUCAAACAAGUUGACGAAUACAAUAAUGAGAUGACAGCUAUAAAUUGA